GGGCCCGCUCUCAAUGGAGUUUUCUGGAUCACCCCGGGUUUCCAUUUGAGAACAAUUCUGUCUCAACGAAGAGAGAGAGAGAGAGGAAAGUCGGUUUCACUUUUUCGCUUCCUUUCCUUCCUUUUCUCCUCACAGCCAAACACGCUCUGUUUCGUUAGAACUUCUCAAGUCAACAUAGUCUAUUUGUUUAUUUUAUGGUAUUAUUUGAAGGUAGAUUUGCAAAUGCAAGGCACGUUUCCGAGUAGAAAAAAAGAUUUGCAAAUUCUCUUUUUACGAGAAUUUUUUGAUUUCGGUUGCUGCGUUUCUUUCAUUACUCACGAAGGUUUUGUUGUUGAAUAUAAACGCGUUAUUGAAUGGAUGCUUUGCUUGAUUGUUGAAUUGCGUUAUGAGUUCGAUCGAUAUGGGGUCUGCAGGGGGGUGUUUUGAUCUAGAAUGCUGAUGUUCUGGGAGAUGAUUCUGUGAUUUGGGAUCAGAGGAUGACUACGCGAAACGCGGAAUCGUCUCAGGGAGAUGGCGGCAUUCCUCCUCCACCCCCUGGCCCGCCUGAUCAUCUGAGUUCUCACGGUGGCAAUACGGUUUUCAAGAGCGGGCCACUUUUACUGUCAUCCAAAGGAAUUGGAUGGACGUCUUGGAAGAAAAGGUGGUUUAUUUUAACAUGCAACUCCCUUGUUUUCUUCAGAAGUGAUCCGAAUGCCGUCCCUCAAAAGGGGAGUGAAGUGAAUUUGACUCUUGGUGGUAUUGACCUCAACAAUUCAGGCAGUGUGGAGGCCAAAGCAGAUAAAAAACUCCUGACUGUGCUGUUUCCUGAUGGUCGUGAUGGAAGAACUUUCACGCUUAAGGCUGAAACAUUGGACGAUUUAUAUGAGUGGAAGGCUGCGCUUGAGAAUGCUUUGGCUCAAGCACCAAGUGCUGCUCAUGUGAUGGGGCAAAACGUGAAGGAUAGACAAUCUGUCAAAUCUUCAGUUGUUGGAAGGCCCAUUUUGCUUGCUUUGGAAGACGUUGAUGGAGCUCCAUCUUUUUUGGAAAAAUCCCUUAGGUUUAUAGAAGAGUAUGGGGUCAAAGUAGAAGGGAUCUUGCGACAAGCCGCAUAUGUUGAUGACGUUGAACGUCGAGUUUGGGAAUAUGAGCAAGGAGUGCAAAUCUGUUUUGGAAAAAUGGAGUUUUCUCCAGAGGAGGAUCCACAUGUUGUUGCUGAUUGUGUCAAGUAUGUCCUCCGGGAGUUGCCAUCUUCUCCGAUUCCUGCAUCUUGCUGCAAUGCACUGUUAAAAGCAUGUCGAACUGAUCGUGGUGUUAGAGUCAAUGCUAUACGUGCUGCAAUAUUUGAGACGUUCCCGGAGCCUAAUCGUCAUUUAUUGCAGAGAGUACUUGUGAUGAUGCAAACUGUAGCUUCUCACAAAGCUGAGAAUCGAAUGAGCUCCUCAGCCGUCGCUGCAUGCAUGGCACCCUUGCUUCUGCGUCCACUAUUAGCUGGUGACUGCGAAAUAGAACAUGAUUUUAAUGUUGGUGGUGAUGGUUCUGCACAACUUCUGCAAGCAGCUGCUGCAGCUAACCAUGCUCAAGCGAUAGUUAUUACAUUAUUAGAGGAGUAUUAUAACAUAUUCAGGGAAGGUUCCAUGUCCCCUGAAAUGUACAGUGACUCAGAAGAGAGUGGAAGUGAGAGUGAGGAGGCAACUGAUGCUGAUGAGUCUUAUGAAGGUGAUGCAACACAGGAGUCUGAUGCAGAUGAUGAUCUUGAAAAUGCCUCAAGUGAAUCAUGUGGCGAGAGUGGUAACUCUAGAAACAUUGAUUUUUGUGAUGCUAAGGAUUCUGAUUCAGAUUUGGGUUCUAAGUCCCCAGGAGUAGGUGAUGCUUCUGGAACCAGUCAGAAGUUGUCAUCAAAUUUAUUUGAAGCUUCACUGCAUCAACAUGCUGUUCUCCAAAUUAGUGGGAAUCAUCCCAAUCAAAGCAAUAGUAGUUCAGCAAAGCAGGCUACUGAGUCUGCUGAAAUACUUCGAGAUGUUUCUAAAGAAACAUUUUUGAAUCCCACGUGUGCUCGUCCUACUCCAACCUCUUGCAUUAUAACAUCUACAACCAUAUCCAAUGGACCUGCACAUUGUCGUAGGAGUCGUACCUUGUGGGGACGUAAUGCUGCAAGGAAGAACCUUUCCAUGGAAUCCAUUGAUUAUACUGUAGAAGAUGAAGUUAAAAUCCAGAGACUUGAAGCCACUAAAAUAGAAUUGCUAAACAGAAUUGCAGAAGAGACUAAAGGAAAUGCAGUUCUGCAAGCCAGUCUGGAAAGGCGAAAGAAGGCCUUGCAUGAGCGUCGCCUAGCUCUUGAGCAAGAUGUUGCAAGACUACAGGAGCAGUUGCAAAAGGAAAGAGACUUACGGACAACUCUUGAAGCAGGAAGUGUGCAUUUACCUGUUUUAGCCACUACUGAUGAAAAGACGAAGGCAGAGCUUGAGGAAAUAGCUAGGGUGGAGGCUGAUGUCAUCAAUUUGAAGCAGCAUGUUGAUAAGCUAGAAUCACAGCUUAAUCAUGAAUGCAAACAGAACUAUUGUUCUAUGCAUGCUUCAUACAAUCAACCCCAACAAACUCCAAAUCGUCAAGAAAAAAUGAAAGAUAAACAGAAGGAUACCGAAGCCGUGGCCGCUUCACUUGUUGAAAGGUCAAGAAGUAAGGAAGCAAAUUCAACAACUUCUGCGCUGUCAAAGUUGACAAGUAGGCUGAACUUCAUGAAGGAACGGCGUAGCCAGGUAACAAAUGAACUCCAAAAGAUGGAGAAAGGCCGCAGAUCAGGUCAAGUUGCACAAAACCUGGACAAGGGUCAAGGAUUUGAAGUUCAAUCUGUCCCAGAUCUAGACGUAGGUGAAGAAGCAUUUGCUUAUUGCACAUUACCCGUGAAAUCCCACAAAGGUGGGAACUGAUGCCAAUCAUUUGCAAAUCCAGAAAGAUUUAAAAAAAUCAGGGCGGUCAACCAAGGCAGAGAUAGCAAUAGAUUAGAAGGUCAGUAUCCCCUCAGCCUGGACGGUAAAAUUAGAAGGUCAACUGUCUCAUAGUAUGAAAAAAAGGUCAAGGCUUUAGAGCACCAAUCUUUUUUUCCCGUCCCAAUGACAAUAUCUAGAAUCUAGAUGAUGCAUGGUCUCUUAUGACCACUUGGUGAUUGUUUUGUGCAUUUGAUGUUCCUUUUUUCGACGACAAUAUGGUUCAAAUAGCUUUGAGAGAUGAUGAAACUCAUCUGAUAGAAUUGGCACAAGGUUGAGUUUGGUGCCAAUUUCAAGCUCGAGUCUGAUCUUCACCCAAGCCUUGUGAUGUACAGAUCAUCCAUCUCCUUGAUGAGAGCUGAAGCAUUUGUAAUUAUGAUGCCUGAACUUUGCUUGGUCAAAGGCAGCCGGGUGUUUUCUUUUUAAUUCAACAUCCAUUCUUACUGGAGUUGCGUGGUGAUCUUAAGUUAAACCUGAAGGAGAAAAUCCUAGGUUCAAGCCCUCAUUUUUUUGGGUGAGGUUUGGGGGUCCGAGAUUUAUAAUUAGACUACUUUUUUUUGGAUGCGUAUUUAGCUGUCUAAUAAUAUAUGACGCUUUUUCUUUUU